AUGGAGAACAACAAUGAAAAGGAAGAUGGGCGUCGUCCUGUUAAUAUAACCACAACUCCAUUGUGGAAGUAUGUAACAAUUAUACGAGAUAGUGUUGAUGGUGGUGGAAACAAAGUUUGGAAGUGCAACUUUUGCAGCAAACAAGUAAUUGGCUCCUAUUAUAAGGUGAAGGGCCAUUUGCUUCAUUUGUCGGGGAGAGGAACCACUGCUUGUACAAAGGUCAACAACGAACUUAAGGAAGAGCUGAAUCAUGAAGAGGAUGGGGCUUUACUCAACAAGUUGACUUCAAAGGUAGAAGAACAACAAAGGCCUAUAGUAAACAUUAUGGGUGCAUCUGGAACAUCAGCUGUGUUUAUUGAUUCGGUUGAUGCAUCUGGAAAGCGCAAGGAUGCUGCUUUUGUGUCUGAGGUCUUCAUUAAGGCCAUUGAAGAAGUGGGAGCAGAGAAUGUUGUCCAGGUUGUUACUGAUAAUGAACCUAAUUUCAAAGCAGCAGGUUCCAUUGUUGAAGCUAAAUAUCCUCGUAUAUUUUGGACACCGUGUGUGGUGCAUUGUGUCAAUCUGGCCUUCAAAAGUAUUUGUGAGCCUCCUGAGAAAUCUGACCAUUUUGAUCAGUGUAUAUGGCUGAAGAACCUAUGUACAAAUGUAAAGGAAAUUCAGAAAUUCGUGACUACACAUGACAUUGUAAAGAGCAUAUUCACUAAACAUACUAAUUUGCAACUUUUGUCAGUGGCUGAGACAAGGUUUGCAAGCCAUUAUGUUGUUGCGGAGCGAAUGAAGGAAGUCAAGGAAGGUCUUGAAAAAAUGGUUAUGGAUUCCGACUUUAGAGUUCUAUUUAGAACUACCAAGAAUCCAAUCGACAUUAAAGCUCGUGAGUAUAAAGAGAGGAUUUUGAAUGACAGUUGGUGGGACAACCUUGACUACUUCUUGAAGUUUGCUGAACCUAUAUAUGAGAUGAUACGUGUGGGUGACAAAGAUGCGCCCGUCUUGCAUCUUGUAUACGACAUGUGGGAUACAAUGAUCGAAAGGGUCAAGGUUCAUGUUUUCCACCACGAAGGGAAAGAUAUUUUGGCUGACACAUCUGAAUUUUUUGAUGCCAUUCAUAAAGUGUUAGAAAGCAGGUGGAACAAAAGUUCUACCCCUUUGCAUUGUUUGGCACAUUCACUUGUGCCGAGAUUCUAUAGCACCCGAUGGCUUAAGGGUAGCACAUCGGGAUUUGCAAGGGUUUCCCCCAAUGAAGAUGAAGAGGUUUCCAACAACAGAAAUGACUGUUUUAGGCGCCUCUUUCCAAACUCAGACGAUUUCAAACAUGUCAGAUUGGAGUACGGGGCAUUUUCUAGCGAAACCCCUCCUUUCAAUCAAGCUCAUAUAAUUGCUGCCCGGGAUGAUGAAGAACCGAUUGUCUGGUGGGCAAAUUACGGUUCAUCACUUCCCCACCUUCAAUCUUUGGCAUUUAAAUUAUUGUCGCAACCAGCAUCAUCUUCAUGUUGCGAACGUAAUUGGAGCCAUUAUGACAACAUUCAAACAAUCAAGAGAAAUAGGCUCACAUCUGAAAGGGCGAAGGACUUGGUUUAUUGCCACAACAACCUUCGUGUAAUGGCAAGGAAGGAAGAGAGCUACAAAUCUGGUCCUAGCCGUUAUUGGGACGUAGGUGGAGAUACAUUUGAUGUGGAUGUUGAUGUUUGCGAGAUUGCUCAACUCUCCCUCAAUGAACCGGAGUUGGAACGAGCUAUUAUUGGUGUUGGAAAUGCCAUAGAAGAUUAGUAGUUGUUAUGUUAUGAGACUUUGAAUUUCUUAGUAGUUUUUAAGCUUUUAUGUUUGAGACAAUCUAUCUUUGGUGUUGGAAAAGUGCAACAGGAGAAACUUCUCCGGACAAUCUAUUUUAUGUUUAAGUGAUUAAAUUUUUCA